AGGAGGCUUUCCUUUUUCCAUAACUUCACGAGUACCGACAUCUCAUUUCUAGAAAUUCUUUGAAACGGCCCACUGAAAACAUGGUGUUGUUGUUGUCUCUCUGUUGGACAUUUUAAUUCAAUAGUUUUCGAAAUGUCAAUUUUUUGGGCUGCUUAGCUUUCCCAUUUAUUUUUCCAAUUUCAAAUACUGCUGGGCAGCAUUCGCUGACAGAGUUUUCUUCUCAAAAUCUUUUAUCUAGCUGGCAACUUAGCUUGAGGCAUAUGAACAGAAAUGCUGUUCUCGUUGGUGAGGAAACUGGUGUUUGUUUUAGCCUUUGUCUACACCAAUGUCAGCUCAGUGUGAAAACGAAGAAACUCCUUUUUACUGUCAUUGCAAGCCAAGUUUUGUCUUUUUGACUUGAGAUUUGGAAUAUUAGCUAACUGCAAUGAUGGUUGCCAAAAGUUCAAAACUUGUACUCUCAAUUUGAAUAUUGUUUUUCUUUUUCAUUAAACAAUAGUGUUUUGCUUGAAUUUUUCAUCUCAUGUUCGUUAGUUGGUUAAAGACUUGGCACGAAUGGCCGCUCAGCAAUGGGCUGGAGAAUACCCUUCUUUUCCAUGAAACCGAGAAACCUUUCUUGCUUGCCAAGUAGUUGCAGAAUGUUAAUCAGAAGCCUCUUACUAAAACAGCAUAUACUUGAGAAAAUACAAGUCCACCAGAAAUGAGGAAAGAAAUCUCUAUAUUCUAUUCAUGCCUUUUCUUUUGCACUCUUGGAUUUCUUUUAAUGUGUGAAAGAGUGACGGGGGAUCCCAGAGCACAAGAAGUGAAUGUUACAUGUGGACGCCAACUUGAGCAUAAUUCAACAAUCUAUGUACCAAAUUUUGUUGCUACAAUGGAGAACAUCAGUGAGCAGAUGCGCACUUCAGGAUUUGGAGUAGCCGUCACAGGUUCAGGAGUUGAUACUAACUAUGGCCUUGCUCAAUGUUAUGGAGACCUCUCCUUGCUCGAUUGUGUACUAUGUUAUGCUGAGGCACGUACAGUUCUACCACAAUGCUACCCUUACAAUGGGGGUCGCAUUUUUCUUGAUGGUUGCUUCAUGAGAGCUGAAAACUAUAGUUUCUUUGAGGAGUAUAAAGGACCUGGAGAUCAUGCUGUGUGUGGAAAUGCAACGAGGAAAAGUUCAAUAUUUGAGGAAUCGGCUAAGCAAGCUCUAUCAAUUGUGCUUUCAAGUGCACCAAACAAUAAAGGCUAUGCACGGGGGAAAGUGGCAGUUCCAGGGACAAACGAAUCAGCGUAUGUGUUAGCAAAUUGCUGGAGGACAUUGAACGCAAGCUCUUGCAGAUUGUGCUUGGAGAAUGCUACUGCAUCCAUAGAGGGAUGCUUGCCUUGGUCAGAGGGGAGGGCAUUGAAUACAGGGUGUUUCAUGAGGUAUUCAGAUAGGGAUUUUCUGAAUGCAGAGCCAGGAAAUGGGCGAUCAAGAGGGAGCAUUAUAGUGAUAGUGGUUUCAGGUGUUAGCUCUCUGGUGGUUUUAGCAGUUGGAGUAACUACAGGAGCUUAUAUCUGGAAGCACAGAUAUAUACAGAAGAAAAGAAGAGGUUCAAAUGAUGCACACAAGUUGGUCAAAACCCUUAACGACAGUAGCUUGAAUUUCAAGUAUUCUACACUUGAAAAGGCGACAGGAUCUUUUGAUGACGCCAACAAGCUUGGACAAGGAGGGUUUGGAUCAGUAUAUAAGGGUGUUUUGCCAGAUGGAAGAGAGAUUGCUGUAAAGAGGCUCUUUUUCAAUAAUAGACACAGAGCAGCAGAUUUUUACAAUGAAGUCAACAUGAUAAGUAGCGUGGAACACAGAAAUCUGGUCAGGUUGUUGGGGUGCAGUUGUUCAGGACCUGAAAGCCUCCUCGUCUAUGAAUUCCUGCCUAACAAGAGUCUUGAUCGUUUCCUCUUCGAUCAAAACAAAGGCAAAGCAUUGACUUGGGAGAAGAGAUAUGACAUCAUAAUUGGCACGGCUGAAGGUUUGGUCUACUUGCAUGAGAACUCCAACAUCAGGAUCAUUCACAGGGACAUCAAGGCCAGCAACAUUUUAUUGGAUUCCAGAUUUCGUGCUAAAAUUGCUGAUUUUGGCUUGGCCAGGUCUUUCCAAGAAGAUAAGAGUCAUAUCAGCACAGCCAUUGCAGGAACUCUCGGAUAUAUGGCUCCGGAGUACCUUGCUCAUGGACAAUUAACUGAAAAGGCAGAUGUUUACAGCUUUGGUGUACUUUUGUUGGAGAUUGUCACAGGCAGGCAAAAUAACAGGAGCAAAAGCUCAGAAUACUCAGACAGCCUAGUCGCACUUACAUGGAAGAAAUUUCAGGCAGGGAUCGUGGAGGAGCUUUAUGACCCAAAUCUAAUGUUGCACAGCCACCACAACAGCAAUGUCAAGAAUGAUGUUUUCAGAAUAGUGAAUAUAGGACUUCUGUGUACACAAGAAAUACCAUCACUUAGACCAACAAUGGCAAAGGCGCUACAGAUGAUAACAACAGAGGAGCACCUCCCUGCACCAACUAAUCCCCCUUUCAUAGAUGAAAAAACCAUGGAACUUAAUGAUACAUGUGAAGACCCUUGGUAUCCCCUUAAUGCUGGCCUUUCAGCAUCAAUAGCAACUGUACAACAUAGUUCUUUCCAUCCAAGAUGACCGAAAGAGGGAGAGUUUUGAUAUCUAGUUCAAACCUCAAACAGAUAAAGAUCUCCAGUUUGCACCUAAAAAUGAAGAAAACAUUGCGGCAUCUUCAGGAGACUGAUGGGGGCGUUUGACCAGCCAGCAGUGAAAUGCAUAUCAGCAUCGGAUGACGUGAGAUAUGAAAUUGAGAAUAGUCAUGCCAAUCUUUAAUUUGUGUAUCGUGAAAUCACAUGUAAUGUUGAUUUAUCAAAGACAAGUUAAUGAAACUCAGCUCUUCUCUUCCA